ACCCUGUAAGGGAAUUUUCUGUGCCUUGUAGGAGUUACAUGAUACCAGAUAUAAGAAAUAUAACAGUGUUUGUGUGGCGUAGUUGUGUCCAGACAACUACGAAUAUGAAGUGCUGAUACCAGAGAUUUUGAGUAAAUUGGACCUUCUUGUACCACCGACAAAUUAAUUAACAUUUCUGUUUCUGGUUAAUAAAAAGCUUGCUGGAAAAAAAUCAUGGAUCUGUGGACUUUGUUGGUGGUGUCGGCAGCAACCUUCUGUUUAGGACACUGUAACUGGCCACCAGACUGUGAGGUGACACAGAUGUCUGAAGAGUGGACAGAGAGACCUCUCCCCUCCGUAUUUUUGCUAAGAUUAUUCCCUGACUCUUCAGACUGGGAACUGAACAUCACUCUCUCUGGAAUGUCUCAAAACUGUAUACUUUCCGAGAAGUGUGUCGAUAAUCAUCACAAUGUUACUGUAACGUGUAAUGGAACAACACAUGCAGUUCAGAACUUUAAAGUUGGUAUCAGUAUGUGGAGAGAAAUUCAAAUUAUUACUACUAUUGAUUCUUCUGCCAUAAUUUGGAUUGUUUUGUCUGAUUCUAAGAACCACGUAAUCUCAGGGAUUAACCAAGGACUGAAACAACCUAUCUUUAUCAAAUUAUCUUUCCGCGGAGAUGCGGAUGUCGUUAUCAAUUGUCCUCAAACAUGGUGCCAUAAGGGUAAUAAAAGACUCGUUUCCAAAAAUCACCACAACAUUACUUCGUACUUUUUCCGAGGAGGACACAACUUCACCGGAGUCCAGGUUAACCUCAACACUCAUACUGAACACACUCAAACCAACCCUCGAGCUGUCACUUUCCCAACAACUCAUGUUGAUAAUUUAAUACUGGAUUCAUCACACUUCAAUCCGUCGCUGUGGAACCAAGUGUAUGUCGUCUGGAUAUACCCAUAUCUAAUGGUUUGGGUGAAUGGCUUAGCGAGUAACCACACAAUAUUUCGCUUAAAGAACAUCAAUGUUGAAAGCGUCCAAGUAUUGGGUGAAGGUGGGCUGCAGUGGUGUGAUCCAGAGCACGAAGCGGUGAACAGCGGUUGGCAGACAGUCGUAUGUUACAGCAGCUGCACCGCUGCUCUGCUCCUGCUGCUGCUACAUCUGGUCUACACCGGCUGCGUUGCCUACUGGAGGGGUGUGCUAGCUAACGCUCCUUCAAACACAGCAACCUCAGCCACUGAACAUAUUUACGAAGAAAUUGAGACCCUGGAGAUGACACAGCGAGGCCCGAGGCUCUAAAUACCACAAGGAAAACAUUUACUACACGAGGGACUCUAGUGUUGUUGAGGCAUCUGAUGAACUCUUCCAUGAUGAUAAUUUGAUAACCCAUUUUUGGGUUCCUUGAUCUCCAUGAAAAGCCUGAAUUAGAUAUGGUCUGUGUAUGUACUAAUUUAUCAGUUUUAUUAAAGAUGUAUAGAUACUACCGUAGUGAAUGCCACAUCUGAUUCCCUUAAAUUUUUCAAGCAAAUAUUUAACUGGAUUAUCAAUUUAUCCCACACUCUGCAGUACUUCAAUCAUGUGCAUUGGAGCAUAGGGGACUGGGGCUAUGGAAUACGGGGAUACCUUUCCCGGAAUGCGCAUUGACCAAAAUAUAAGUACAUCUAGUAUCAUUUAUAUUUAAACUUCAUUAGUAAGUAGAAUGUACUUAAAUUCUACUUCUGUGCUGGCAGAAAAGGUAUUAUCUGUUACCCUGUUGUCUCUAUUUUAUGGUAGUUUGAAAAUUCUGGUGCAUGCUGGAUAAUGUCAGGUGCGACGUCACUACCAGUAGGCAGUCACCUGAAUAUCUCUCUACUGUCAGCUUCGACAGAGGUGGGAUACUCCCCCCAUGGAAGCCACAGAUGAAGCAGCACCUGCACUCUCCUUUUUUUCUUUUCACAUCUCGUAUUAUGUGAUGUAGACACAUUUUAAGUAAAGUAUGUUUGUUGAGCUGAAACAUACAUCGUGUACUCCGCGAAACUAUGUUCCCACAAUUUUAUAUAAAAUUAAUAACAUUUGACAUUUUCUGAUUGUGUUUCGUGAGACAUUUGUGCUUAUUAAAGUCCAGGGUUGACAUCAUCAUCCAUUUCAGAGUGAUAUCUGCUCACUGUCGUAGUCGAGAUUUGGAAGUUGAACAGAUUCAGUAAUUUUGGAUUUUUGGGACUUUGUGGGGUACAAGCUGUUGUUCCGAUGUUAAUUCGUAUUUGUUUCUCUAUAUCAUAGUCCAGUGCUGCAGUUUUCUUUCAGCCACUGCUGUGUACUACUAAUUGCUGUUUGGAAGUCUGGUAGGUUGUUAAAGCAAGCUGCGCAUUAUCCUAAUUUCAUUCUACUCCCGUUUGAUAUUCCAGUCUUCACGGGCAGUAUACAUAUUAAUGCAACCAAGAGCAAGUGGUUUUUAAGCAAUAACAAUCUGGGGCAAGUCGGGGAUCGAACCCGUAUAAUUUUGGACCGCCUCAUGGGAAGCAAGUAAAAAAUCACGACGCUCUAACCACUGGGCCAUCAAUCCUACAAACCUCAUGGACCCAGUAGAACUGGCCAUGUUUCGUGAUGCGAAGACAUACGUGGCUGAGGUAAACUCAGAAAUAAUUUCAUUCACUUCCUGUUUGGAAUACCACGAGCAGUAUACAUAUUAAUACAACCACAAAUAAGCGGUUUUUAAGCAGUAAAAAACUGCAACUAGCCGGGGGUACGUGGCUAUGGUUGCAUUAAUAUGUAUACUGCCCGUGAA